CUUUUCGCUUUCGCUUUCACAUCGAGUCAAUGAGACAAAGAUGAAAUGGCGUCGAGUUCAGAUGCAGAUACUAUGCGACAUAGUCCACCUAUUGAUCGCCCUAACAUGAAUGUUGUUCUGUGUGGAAGUGACAGCAGAUUAAAAUCUUCAGUAUUAAAUCUGAUCCUGAAUCAGAGGGAUAAAAGAUCAGAGCCAGAAGAUGAAGAGAUGAUAAGCUCAGAUUGUGUGAGUUUUAAUGGUGAGGUGUGUGGACAUCUGAUGACUCUGGUGAAGCUUCCAGCUCUGUUUAACCCUCGACUCUCAGAUGAAGAAAUAAUGCGUCAGGCUCUCAGCUGUGUGUCUCUCUGUGAUCCUGGAGUUCAUGUGUUUCUCUUCAUUAUUGAUGAUGGUCCACUGACUGAUGAAGAUAAAGCAGAAACAGAGAAGAUUCAGAGAAUAUUCAGCUCAAGAAUCAACAAACACACCAUGAUCCUCAUAAUUCAGAAAUUAGAGAACAGAACAGCAGAACUAAAUAAAGAAAUGAAGUCUGUGGUUGAGAGUUUUGGAGGAAGACAUGAGUUUCUCUGUAUUAACACACAAAGGUCCAUGUUGAUGGAGAAACUGAUGCAGAUGAUGGAAGACAACAGCAGAAGUUUUUACUCCACAGAAACAUUUUGGGAUGCACAGCUGGUGAAACCUCCAAAACUUGAAGGGAUGAAAAGGAAACAGAUUCAGACACAAGAUGUUAGAGAUGGUUCAGAUGAUGUGAGGAUUGUCCUGCUGGGAAAAACUGGAGUUGGGAAAAGUACAACAGGAAACACAAUCUUAGGGAGAAAUGCAUUUAUAGCAGAUGUAUCUCACGAGUCCAUUACUAAAGAGUGUCAGAGAGAAACAGCUGAAGUUAACAGCAGAUGCAUCACUGUGAUUGAUACUCCAGGACUGUUUGAUACUGAACAUGAAGAAAUUCAGAGAGAAAUGACCGAAUGUAUCUCAAUGAUACUGCCAGGACCUCAUGUGUUUAUUAUUGUACUGAGUUUAGCACACCGAUUCACAAAAGAAGAAGCAGACUCAGUGAAGAUCAUUCAAGAAUCAUUUGGUGAAAACUCUUUAAUGUACACCAUGAUACUCUUCACCAGAGGAGAUCAUUUGAAGAAUAAAACUAUUGAAGAGUUUUUAGGUGAACCUGGAUCUCCUUUAAUGAAUCUAAUUGAACAGUGUGGAAACAGAUAUCAUGUGUUUAAUAAUAAUGAGACUGAUGAUCACACACAAGUUUCUGUCCUACUGGAGAAAAUAGACAACAUGGUGAAAGCAAACGGAGGGAGUUAUUACUCAUCUAAAAUAUUCAGAGAGAUGGAGCGAGAAAAACAUGAGAAAGAAAUUAAGAUACUGAUGGAGAAAAUUGAACAACUGAGCAGAGAGAAAGAAGAGGAGAGAGAGAGAAUGAAGAAGAUGAUGGAGGAAGAAAGACAGAAACAUGAGCAAGACAGACAGAAAAGAGAUGAUGAAUUUACAGAGACAGAAGAAAGAUAUAAAAGAGAAAUGAAGGAGCAAGAAAAACAGCUGCGAGACGAGAUGAGAAGAGAACAAGAGACAUUAAAAAAUGAAAUUGAGGAAAUAAAGAAAGAAAAUAAAGAUCUCCAGAACAAAUAUACAACACAAAAAGACAAACUGAUGAAUACAAUAGAGACUGAACGACAGAAUAAUGAGACAGAAAGGAAGAGAAGAGAAGAUGAGUUUAGAGAGACUGAAGAAAGAUAUAAAACAGAAAUGAUGGAGCAAAGGCGAGAGACGCGAGAAGAGAUGAGAAGAGAACGAGAGACAUCAAAAAUUGAAAUUGAGGAAAUAAAAAAAGAAAACAAAGAUCUCCAGAUAACAUUUAUAAAAGAAAAGGAGAAAACAGAUAGAGAAAGAGAAGAUCUUUUGUUAAAACAUGAAACAGAGAUAGAGAGAAUGAAAGAGAUGAUGGAGGAAGAAAGACAGAAACAUGAGGUAGAGAAGAAAAACAGAGAAGAAGAAUACAGAGAAAAGAUUAAAGAAAUCGAGACAAAAACACAGAAACAGAUUCAAGAUGAUGAAAGGAGGAGGGAGAAAGAAAAACAAAACUGGAGAGAAAAACAGGAGAUGCUUGAAAAAAUGAUCCAGAAUGAGAAACAUCUGAGAGAAAAAGAAAGAAAAAUUCAUGAAGAUAAAAUUCAGCUGAUUGAAAAACAGUCUCAAGAUGAACUCAUGAGAGUAAAAUCAGAGUAUGAAGAAGACAGAAGAAGAGAAAUAGAAAGAAUUAAAAUCUGCUGCUAUCAAACAGACUCAAGUCAUCUGAUAGUUGAACCAAAAAUCAGCAAACAGCUUGAUAAACUCUUCAGUAGAUUACAUUUAACAAACAGACAUCAAGAUAAACUGAGAACAGAAGAUUUUCUCAAAAUCACAAAGUCUUCACUUCAGUCUCAGGAGCCACAGAAAGAAACUGAACUUGUGAACUCAUUCCUACAUAAACUGUUGAACAUGAACUACAGAGCAAGAGAAACUCACAUAAAACACAGAGAAGAUCAACAAACACCUGCAAACUACAACCCUGAAGUUGACUUUGAUAUUCAUGUGAUGGAUGUUCAGAUGGCUGUGUUUCAUUGUGCUGAUAGUUUCCUAAAGCAGCUGAUGGUCACUAAACUCUCACAGUGUCAGUUUGCUCUUCCUCUUCUUGUUCCUCAUCCAUUCACACAACAGAUUGAGUUUCCUCUCUGGACAUUCAGACAAAUCAACAAGAGCUGGAAGAUGAGAAAUAAUGACAAUGAGAUCAUCAGUAAAGUCCAGCCUGUGUACAAAGCAGAAACUCCAAUGGUGUCGUUCUUCAGGUUUGGCUCUUUGUCUUCAUCAAAGUCUCAGCUGAUAAACAGUUUGAUCAAUGAGAAACACAAUACGUUCUUCCACAGAAACUGCUCAGGAAGCAGCAGAACCAGACUACUGAUGGAUGGAGUGGUGGAGAUCGCCUGGUACUGUCCAUCUGGAAGAAACACAGAUCAAUUUACUGACUGUGUUGCCUUCUGUAAUCUUCAUGGUGAUGCAGGAGACAAUGAGAAACAAUAUGAGAUUUUAACCAGUAUGUCUUCAGUCAAUGUCCUCUUCUUAUCUGAUUUUGGACAGAAGAACCAGUAUAAGAGUUUAGUGAGGUCACUCUUCAGAUCUUCUCAGCCUCUUAUUUGUCUGCUCACAGACAAUGACUGUCAUAAAACUAAACUGACAGAUGAAAAAAUCAUUAUCGGUCUUUUGAACAAAAAUCAAUCUGAUCUAUCAAAUGAGAUAAGAGAGACAAUCAGAUUGAGUCUGAAAGAAGACAAGAAGACUUUUAAACUGGAAGAAGUGGCUAUACACACAGGAAUUCAAGUAGAUGAGAAUAAUGAAGAGUGUCAGAGAGGAAAAGAGACGGCGCUUCAGAUGAUGAGAUUACUGGAUGAUGAAGAUCCAUCAACAUUUAAAGAAACAAAUCUGACCCGUCAGGGGAAACUGUGGCACGACUGGUGUAAAAUCAACAAAGAGCUUUAUCAUCUAGGAGGAGAAAAUCUAGAAGAAGAUAAAAGUGCCAAACUGAAACUGAUGAGAGAAAUAAGAGAAAAACAAGUGGCAGAAGAAUCAACACAGUUUAUGAGGAUAUUUUUUGAAACACUGCGAUCACUUAAAAUCAGUGACAAAAAUUAUUUUCUGACAUUCAUUAUAAAUCUGUUGGAUGACUUUACUUCUAAAAAGCUUUGUGAACUUCGCAAGAAGUAUGAUGUGACAUGGAAUAAAGUUUCUGCUUUGCAAAAAAUGCCAGACAAACAAGACCAACUGCAGAUUAAACAAACAGAGCUUGAGAAAAUAUCAGAACAAAUCAAUAAAACAACCUUUGGUUUGGAGCAUUUUGUUAGAGAGCUCGGUCAGAUCUAUGAGUCCUGGUUAUCUGUAAAGAAAAACAAUUUCUCUGAUCUCCCAAGUCUUGCAGCAGAGAUGAUGAUCUCUGGAUUUCCACUGGAGCUGAUGGAUGGAGAUGCUGCUCAUGUUCCUCUCAUCUGGAUUAAAGCUGUUUUUGAUCAACUCAUCCAGAAUCUGGGAGAUCAGAGAGUUUUUGUGCUGUCAGUUUUAGGGAUUCAGAGCUCUGGGAAAUCCACUUUACUCAAUGCUAUGUUUGGUCUUCAGUUUUCUGUCAGUGCUGGUCGAUGCACCAGAGGAGCUUUCAUGCAGCUGAUCAGAGUAUCAGAGGAGCUGAAAUCAGAUCUGAAGUGUGAUUAUAUUCUGGUUGUUGAUACUGAGGGUCUUCGUGCACCAGAACUGGAAGUUGGAAGAUCUACAAGAAAUAAUGAUAAUGAAUUGGCCACAUUUGUUGUUGGACUUGGAAAUCUGACAUUGAUUAACAUCUUUGGAGAAAACCCAUCUGAGAUGCAAGAUAUUCUUCAGAUUGUUGUCCAGGCCUUCAUGAGGAUGAAGACAGUCAGACUGAAUCCCAGCUGUAUGUUUGUACAUCAGAACGUUUCAGACCUCACAGCUGGAGAUAAAAACAUGGAGGGAAGAAGACGACUGCAGGAGACACUGGAUGAGAUGACAAAACUCGCUGCUGAAGAAGAAGUUUGUGAUGCAGAAUAUUUCAGUGAUGUCAUUGCAUUUGAUGUACAGAAAGAUGUGAAAUAUUUUGCUCAGCUGUGGGAGGGAAGCCCACCAAUGGCACCACCAAACCCAAACUAUUGUAAGAAUGUUCUGGAUCUGAAAGAAUCUAUUUUAACACAUGCUUCAGGAUCAAAUGGCAUAAUGCUGACAGACCUAAGAGGACGUAUUGAAGAUCUCUGGGAGGCUUUGCUGAAUGAAAAGUUUGUGUUCAGCUUCAGUAAUUCACUGGAAAUUGCAACUUACAGGACAAUAGAAAAGAGCAAAAAACUUGCCACGAAACUAAAAGACAAAGCAAAUGAUGAAAAUAUCAUGAAAAAAGAGUUUGAAUACUUUUGGAAAGAGCAGAUGAAUGAGAUCAUCAGAAACACUCCUACAGUUCAAACUAUCAACAUAUUAAAGGAUGUGACAGAUCUCCUCAGAAACACCUAUGAAAGUCUCCCUGUUGACUAUAAGAAAAUAAGCAGUGAGUACAUUGAUAUGCUCUCGGUGCCAAACUAUUCAGAUUAUGUACAGGUAAAGAGAUCCAGUGGACGAAUGGCACCUUUAAAAAAUGUCUACAAAGGAGCUAAAGAGAGAAUUGGCUUUGCUUUAUAUCCAGAGGAUGAAGUUCAGAUAAGAACUUUAAUCAAUGAAAUUGCUGAUCACACAGAUAAAAUGAUUCAGUCAUAUAACAUUGCAAAGAUGGGCUACAACAUCAGCUGCAUUCCACAACUCAUAGAUUACAUAAAGACACAAUUAUCAGAUCAUGAGGAAGAGACAAAAGUGAGAUAUGUGUUCAAGAGAGAAUUCUUCAGAGAUUUGGUUGUUUGUAUUUGUCAGAGAGCAAACAAGACAAUUACUCAUCAACACAGAUUAUUCAGAGAAGCAAAUGAUCCUGUUCUGUAUUUUAACAUGAAAAGAGAAGAGUACUACAGGAUUUUCCAGAAAUACUGUCAAGAAGCAACAUCAGUUCAAGGUUUUUAGUCUGGUCUGGUUCACCUUUUACCUCCUUUAUAGCAAGAGAUGGAGACGUUCUGGUCUUUAAACAGAGCAGAAUGUUUGAUUUGGGUUUUCUAUUUCCCAUGUUGGCGUGGACGUACCUGGUAGGCUUUUGUUUAUGUACAGUGAUGUAUGACAUCAUAUACACUAUCACUCAGUAGUGAAAUAAACCUCCCACUAUUCCUUCUUUUGAUCAGGCCUAUAUUGUACAGUUUUUUUAAAGAGCACCUACAUUCUUUUUAGCAUUGUUGUUUUGUUUAUUUGGUAUAAUACAAUGUGUUUGCAUGGUUUAUGGUUAAAAAAACAUUAUUAUCCUCAUACAUUAUUGUUCCUCCUCUAUACCCUGAGUCUCUGAAACGCACUGAUUUUGUACAAAGCUCAUCAUUCUGAAAAGCACAGUGUCCUCCGAUUGGCCAGCUAACCAGUAUAUUGGGAUUGGCUUGAAUACCUCUGAUGUCAACCGGAAAUUUGAUGCUUCUUACCAUAUUUGAGAUAAGCUCCCAAUGCAAUACUGACAGGAGUUAAUAUCAUCUUUACUACCUUAUCAAUGCGAGCCGAAUCUGAUCCAAAAAAUGUAGAUGACCAAAAUGAUUUAUUAACUUUGCAGCGCUGCUUGAGCAGAAUGUAACAGAUUGAUAAGGUAAGGAUAUUAAAAAAUUAAAACAAUGUCUGCAUUUGUGAUUGUAGAAACGACAAACAAGUGCUACUCGGCACUGCACAAAACUUGUGUUUGAAACAUGGUUUAGUCUGCAGUAAAUUCUUUAAAUAUGAAAACACUUAAAGGUUGUGAGUCAGAAGUGUGCAGAGUCAUGAUAAUGAACGUCGUGUCCAUGUCGACAGGCAGAGGAUGUAAAAUGUUGCCUACAAUCCGUGUGUUUGUUGUAGUCCAAGAAAAGAGAUUUAAGUUGGAGAUGAUAACUCGCGUCAUCGUUUACCAUAUUAUUGGGACUUUGCAUAUCGUUAACAUGUACUAACACACACUUUUUACACACCAAAUGAUAAGUAAAAUCAUAAACUGGAAAAUAGGUGCUCUUUACAUCUACUAUUGGAUCAAGGAACUUAGGCUACUUUUGAUUAAAGCAUCAAAGAGUAGUAAGGAUGUGGUAAAGGUUAAAAAUAGAGUUCUCACCCUGAACAUUGUUUGCAUUCACCUGUAAGCCACACCUGAUGACGGGUACAGGAACUGGUGCUAUAUUACACACAUAAAGACUUUUGAAGCUAUAUUUUUCUAGACAUAUCAAAAUAAUUUUCACAAACCUCAAACAAAACUAUUAGACUUGGAUAAAACAUUAUUUGUGACAAUUUAUGAACAUUUCAAUCAGAUGCCACCAAAAGCAGGUAAUGAUAUUUCCUACCAGCUUUAGUUAUAAACAUAAACUUACAAUGACUUAAUAAAGUCCAGAUUCACUGGUGCUGAUGUUUGAGAUGGUCAAUGAUCCAGUCUGUUGGUUCACCCCAUUUUAUUGAUGAGUCUCUUUUCAUAAUGAAUGAAAACGUUUCCACGAUAUAUCUGUGCUAUGCGGGUAGUUUGGUCAUUAUUUUUAAAAGUCUACAUUAUUUCAGUGUCUCUUUGUAGUUGAGUGACUCCUGUUUGUAGGUUGAGAAAUUUUCCCUCCAUCACAACCUUUAGCUCAUUGGUCACUAUAUCUGAAAUGAAAGGGUAACAUAAAAAUGCAUGUUAGAUACACUGUAAGCCCAGACAAAUAUAAAAAAACCUGCCCAAAAAUGUACAUUUGCCUUGUUAAACAAACAAGUU